UAUUUUUUAACCCAGUGUUGUUGUUGUUGCGGUCGUCACCUUGACGCUCACCUUGACUUGUCAGUAAACGAGUGUCGUUGAUGCACCCGGUUUAUUAAUAAUAGGACGAUUUUACGACACCCGUUCACCGACCAGUCAAGGUGACCCCCGAAGUGUGUAAGCCGUGUCAACAUUCUCUUUGGAAAGGUGGACAUCUAGCGAUCUGUUUAUAAUUUGCAGUGACUUUUCGACUGGUGUACUCAGGUAUUGCUACAAAAAACGCUCUGCUGGUUUUGAAAUGAAACCACAUGUACAGUCAUGAGAAGUACGCUACUAAUAAGAUUAUGUAUCGGUGUGGCGAUAGGGGGCAUUAUGGUAUUGUUAAUAACAAUGCAUAAGAAAACAACGUCCCCGCUCCAAAGUCUCUCCGGAGGACCAAGCCACGUCGUGGAUGAAGGGGCGCCGGCAGGUACUAGUGCUAGCGGGUCUAACUCCAAUAUCCCAGGUGUCUGGAACUCUGUUCCGACGCUUGAACUGUUCCUUCGCAUGUACCACAAACAUCAUCAUCUUUACGAGAAGAUCUUCAAACCCAGCUUGAUGCUUUUCUGGCCGCGUCAUAUUCGUGUGAUGGUUAUCUUAGACAAUGAAUCGAAAGAGGACCAUGCGUUGGAAGCAACGAUAAGAGACAGCCCGCCUUUUCCGAAGGUUUUCUUUGAAGACCCCUACCCAGAAAUAUACAACCAUCGAGGGCCAAGCCGUAUGCAGCGGUCGAUGUUUUAUCCCGAAAAUUACACCAAGGCCGAGUACGUUGGCUACGUGGAUACAGACACUCUGUUCGUUACGGUUGUUACGCCGGAAGACCUUUUCAGAGACGGCAAACCUAUCGUGGUCGGCGUCAUUGGCCAGUUUCUGACGAAAGAAUGGGGAAUGACAACAAUGAAGCAUUACAAUUUAUUCGGGACUGGAGAAGUCAUGAAAUGCAUGUCAUACUUUCCUGUCAUCAUAAAAGUAAAACAUGUUGUUGAAUGUCGCCAUUACUUGGAGCGGUUACAUAAGAAAUCUUUCGAUGCAAUCAUUAAAGAAAUAUCAGUCGACAAUCUCUUUUCUCAAUUCAGCAUAAUGUGUCAGUGUAUAUACACUCUCCAUCGCAAGGAAUACAUCUUUCGCAUCCAAAUGCGCCCAAACGGAGACUUCAAAACCGAACUCCCCGGGAGAGCACCUCUCAAAACUUACAAAGAAAAUUUUACGACGGAGGAACUAUCCCCCAUCGCUAGAACUUCAAUGCAUUGGAAAUAUCAGACAGUACCCAAACAGGAACUGUUGAAAACACCGUACGACAGGGAAACUUACUACCCUCAAGCUCUUCUGAUGGGGAUUUGCUAUUCCGGUGGCUUCGAAAUGUGCCCGAAUCACUGUAGAUUUUUCAGUAGGAGCGUCAUUCAAAGAGACCUGUUUAAUUUUGAGUUCACCGACUGGACCUGGCACCCGGGCUGUAUGAAGGCUCAAGAAAGACACUACCAGGAUGUGAACCGAUUGUUGUCGUAUUACAAAUCGCAUGGAUUCCCCAUAUUUGGCGAGAAAAAUACCACCGUGGCAUGUGAUCGAAUUUAUAAAAUGCUUCAGGUCGAUAAAAAGUAUUCACUGAUUACACCAACGUAGGCAUGGCUUUUCAAAGUUUUAAUAUUAGUAUGGGUAUCUCUGAUAUGAUGAUGAAAGUACAACAAGACGUAUUUUUUUAAACAAUUUUUUAAAGACGCAUAUCUUUUAUAUUUUUUACUGUCUGAUAUUUUUUAACCCAGUGUUGUUGCUGUAUGAGAUUAUUUCUUUCUUUGUAUUUUCAAUAUAAUUUUUGGUAGUGUUCAUAUUAAUUUAAUUUACUUACUGUAAGACGCGUUGAGAUUUGUGGAAAUUUUUUGUGGAAAAAUUUAUAUUACUACUGUCAUGUUGAGUACUGCAUUGGGUUAGAUGGUAAAGUCUAUACAGCUUUCCAUACAACUUUAUUUUUUAUCUACUUUAUUUAUUGAUCUGUUUGCUAGCUUUAUGUACUUGAUUUAAUUUUUUUGCCUUCUGUAGUUACAUAGUAUGGAAGCAAUGUUUUCGUCUGUCAUUUGUUUGUUUAAAAACUUCGUUCACUGCUUGUAUUGAGGGCCAUGUGCAACAUGUUUCACGUUCUUUAAAUAUAGUUUUUAUUAUUAUAAUUAUUACUUUCGGGAUAUACACGAUAGUGUGAAUACAUUUUUAGUGUUAACAGCUGCUGACUUUAUCCCCCCCCCCUCCCACCCUUAGCUGAACUGACAGCAUUAUAGAAAGCUAAAGGUAGGAUACCAUCUUUUUAGAAAUGAAUAUGUAUCUUGGACAGUUCGUAUCAGACCGGUGUAGGGUAACUUGUGAUUAUUUAAGGAUUAUCUUGUGCUACGGCACUUAAACAUAAUAAUAACACAUUGUUUAGUAGUAAAGCAUAAGUUGAACUGUUUAUUUCCUGAAACGAGUCAUUUUUCCCACAAAAUUAUAUCGAGUCAUUUUGCCCCUUUGCGACCGCGCCAUACUUACGGAGGAUGUUUUACAUAGAGAAGCCCAUUGAAUUAAGACAUCCAAAAGUUGAAUGGGGUAUAUAUAUAUAUAUUGAUGCUUACUUAGGUAUGUGAUCUUAUAGUGGUCACUUCUAUCGCUUCUGAUAGCUUGGGUAUUUUCACCUCACAGAAAACUACAAAAAUAUAACUGAAAUAAAAUAUGUAUAUUGUACAAGUAGGAACAAGCUGGAAGUAAGUUAGUCUGAAAACAGUGGGAUAUAUCAAUGAACUUUAUAAUUAUAACUUAAUUGACCAAUGGCGCGUGAGUGACUUGGGUUCUUAGGGUCGAUGCCCACCCAAGUUCUCUGAGUAUAUACUAAUGCCAAGUAGUUCUAUGUAUGUGUGUGAGUGAAACUGGGCGGUAAAAUUUUAAUUUAAAAUUUAAAAAGUAAAAUUCCUACUGUUUGUGCCUUGAUCAUAGCGUGGCUAUCACUAAAUUUAGUUAUAUUAUAACUUAUAAGAUGCGUAUACUGAGACGCCAUUUCGUCAACGAAGGGCUCCGACGUGAUUCCAAAUCCGAGUGAAGUCUUUCACUUCACGUGCACAGAAAAGCAUAACAAACAACCUCACAUCUUCAGUUAAAAACGAAAUUUUACUUUAUACUGUACACUAUUCACAUUUUAUUCUAUUUAUGUAAAUGGGAUCAAUAUGUGUGCAACAGUAACUCCAAGUAAUUUACGUGCAUCGAAAGGUUCACUAUAUAAUCGGGGCUUAAGUAAGAUCAGCUGUGCUACAUUUUACAUUUUAUGGGCACAUUUGGGAUGAAGAUAGCCAAGGCAUGUCACUUGAUUCACGUAUUUUGAUCUAUUUUAAGCAUACUCUGUGUGAAAGAACCAAAAGGGUUAUCAGUUAACUCGGCUUACUUUCAUCUUGAGAGUUCAAUCCCUUUGAUACAGUACAUGUAAUAA